AUGGAUGUGUUGUGGCUUAACCAGUUUGCAGUCCUCCUCUGGAAAAAUUUCAUGUUAAAGAAGCGGAAGAUGGUUUCUUUAAUUGUGGAAAUUUCUAUGACAGUGUUGUUCUGUGGAUUGAUUUUGUUUCAUCGCAGAGAUUCGAUAAGGGAGUUUCAAAAAGCUUUGCGUUUCAGUCCUCUUCCCUUGAAUAGACUUCCUACUUUCCUCACUGAUGGGAAACAUAAAUAUGAAUUGGUUUAUGUGCCUUCUGAAAGUGAUGUGGCAAAAAAUAUUACUGAGAUGGUGAAAAACAAUUUAAAUGCCAAUCUUACAGUUCGAGGCUUUUCUUCAGAAGAAGACUUUGAGAUGUACAUUAAGCAUGAAAAUAAGUCUGCUCAUGUCCUGGCUGCUAUUGUAUUUGAUCAUGACUUCAAACACAACAAUGACAGAUUGCCACUUAAGGUAAAAUAUCAUCUGCGUUUUAGUAUUUACAGCAGUUCUUCACAAGAAGCUAAAUGGAAUACAGGUCUUCUCUUUCCAGUAGUACCUUCUCAAGGACCCAGGAACCUGGCUCAGACAGAUGGGGGAGAUCCUGGGUACUACAAAGAAGGAUUCUUGCUUGUGCAGCAUGCCUUAGACAAGGCCAUCAUGGUGUACCAUAAUGAGAGAGCUGCAGAAAUGAUGUUUGAAAAUGUCACCAUCUUUGUUAAGAGAUUUCCAUACCCCGCUUUUUAUAGUGAUUCAUUUAUGCACAUUUUCACAGCUAUUUUCCCUUUGGUAGUUUUACUUAUGUUUUCUCUAACGGAACUUACACUUAUCAGGACUAUUGUUAUGGAAAAGGAAACCAGAUUAAAGGAGUACCAGUUCAUGAUAGGACUCAGUAAUGCUAUGCUCUGGGCUUCCUAUUUUGUCACAUUCUUUUUGAUGUUUUUAAUUAUCGUCUGUAUACUGUGUGUGGUUUUAUUUGUCAAGAUUGUACCUGAGGUAGUCCUCAAACACAGUGACCCAUCUCUCAUCUUUGUCUUUUUCCUGUGUUUUGUCAUGGCCUUGGUAACCUUCGGCUUUCUAAUUACCACAUUCUUCAAUAAAACCACAUUGGCGGUUUCUAUUGGAGGUUUCAUCUAUUUUCUGGUCUUCUUUCCAUAUACAAUAAUCCUCUCCAUGUAUGAAGAAUUGAGCAUCACAGUGAAGCUGGCUUCCUGUCUCAGUCCAAAUAUUGCAGUAGCUUUGGGGAUUAAUACUUUAAGCAAGAUGGAAGUGAAGAAUUAUGGUGCUAAGUGGAAUAACUUCUUGUCACCAGAGAGCCCAGAUGAUAACUUCAGUUUUGCCCAUGUUAUGGGAAUGCUUUUAUUUGAUGCUUUCUUGUUUGGCCUUCUGACCUGGUAUGUCGAUGCUGUCUUUCCAGGAAAGUAUGGUGUGCCCAAGCCAUGGUAUUUCUUUUUGCAAAAAGGCUACUGGCUUGGAAAAGCUACAAGCAUUAGGAAAAAAGAAGAUACCCAAUUACAUAAUGUGAUUCAAAGUGCUUAUUUUGAGGAUGAACCUGUUGAUUUGGUGGCUGGUAUCAGGAUCCAACAUUUACACAAGGAAUUCAUAUUACAAAAUAUGACAGUAAUAGCCAUUGAAGACUUGUCUUUGAAUUUAUAUGAGGGGCAAAUCACUGUUCUUCUAGGACAUAAUGGGGCAGGAAAGACCACUACCUUAUCUAUCCUCACAGGUUUCUAUCGUCCUACCAGUGGAAAGGUAUAUAUUAAUGGAUAUGAUAUCUCAAAAGACAUGCUUCAAGUCAGGAAAAGUUUGGGCUUAUGCCCUCAGGAUGACAUAUUGUUUUCAGACUUGACAGUGUCAGAACAUCUCUAUUUCUACUGUGUGAUAAAAGGAGUACCUCCAGAGAUACGUCCCAAAGAAAUUAACAAAAUGCUGACUGCUUUUGGCCUGUUAGAAAAGAGUGAUGCCCUUGCAAAGUCACUGAGUGGAGGAAUGAAGCGCAAACUCUCCAUCAUUAUAGCACUUAUAGGAGGCUCCAAGGUGGUGAUACUUGAUGAGCCCACAUCUGGCAUGGACCCAGUUUCAAGGAGAUUCACCUGGGAUGUCCUUCAGCAGCAUAAACAGAAUCGUACAAUCUUACUAACAACCCACCACAUGGAUGAAGCUGACAUCCUGGGUGACCGUAUAGCUAUCAUGACGAAGGGAUACCUGCGGUGCUGUGGUUCUUCAGUUUUCCUGAAGAAAAUUUAUGGUGUGGGAUACCACAUAGUUAUGGUAAAGGAACCUCAUUGUGAUGUUAAAGGAAUCUCCCAACUGAUUCAUCAUCACGUACCAGAAGCCAGAUUGGAGAACAAUGUUGCAGCAGAAUUAUCAUUUAUCCUACCCAAAGAGUACACACACAGGUUUAAAGAUCUAUUUGCUGAUCUAGAAAACAGACAGGAAGAGCUGGGCAUUGCUAGCUUUGGUAUCUCUAUCACUACUAUGGAAGAGGUUUUCAUUAGGGUCAGUAGAUCAGAUAAUCUAGCUUUCCAGACCCAAGCGGGCAAAGAUGAAAAUGAAGACAUGAACCAGAAUAUGAAUGUUCCCAGAAAUUUUGAGAGAUCACAUUCUUCCUCCACCUUGAGUGAACGCUCUAAUAUUACAUUUAAUACUGGGUGGACUCUUUACUCUCAGCAGUUCUUUGCUAUGUUCAUAAAGAGAGCAAUGUUCAGUUGGCGCAACUGGAAUUUGAUGUUGAUGCAGCUACUAGCAUUUCUGGGUAUUGUUUAUUUUUUGAUGAGUGGUGUGGACUUGUCAAGAAGAAAUGAAGAACCUGCCAGAGAAAUGGAUUUGGGACAAUAUGGUCAAACCAUUGUGCCCUUCUCAACUUCUGGAAAUUCUGAUUUUAUUCUGAAUUUUACAAAAAAUCUUGAGAUCAUGCUAAAAGCUAAGAAACAAAAACUUCAUGAAGUGAAAGGUGGUCUGGAGGACUAUUUGAUGAAUAAUCAAGAAUGCAUUAUUGCAUUUUCCAUUGAGGUUAACGGCGAUCAAAAGACAGUUACCUUUUGGUUCAACGAUGAGGCAUAUCAUUCAUCAUCUUUAUCACUGGCUGUAUUAGACAAUAUUCUUUUUAUGUCACUUUCUGGCCCUGAUGCUUCCAUUACAGUCACCAACAAACCUCAGCCUAAAUAUGGUUCUGCUGGUAAAUCUGAUAAACCAAAAAUGAUGGGAGUGCAUGUAGCCUUAAAUUUGUUUUUUGGUGUGAGUAUUUUCAUCAGUGGCUUUUGUCUCCUAACAGUGACUGAGAGAGUCACUAAGGCAAAGCACAUUCAGUUUCUGAGUGGGGUUUAUGCCCUUAAUUUCUGGCUCUCUGCUCUGGCGUGGGACUUCCUCAUCUUCUUCAUUUCCUGCUGCUUACUGCUGGUAGUGUUCUUGUGCUGUGGAUUGGAAAUACUGGUCAAGGAUUACCACUUUCUGGACACACUGUUCAUCUUCAUGCUGUUUGGCUGGUCUGUGAUUCCCUUCAUGUACCUGAUAAGUUUCCUGUUUUCUAGUCAUACCAGUGCCUACAUCAAGCUCAUCAUAUUUAACUACUGUGCAGGAUUUUUCGGUGUAAUAGCAGAUUUGAUAAUAACCGUACUACACGACAAGGAAGCUGCUUCUAAAAGCCUCCUGCUUAAUUCAAUGAUGGUAUUACCCAUGCAUAAUUUGGGGAUGAGCAUCAGCCGAUAUUAUGAUAUCCAGGAGACAAAAAUAACAUGUACCUCAAGUAAGAACAUUCCUCCCUUCAUGAAUUGUAGUAAAGCAGUAAUUGAGCGCAGUGUAUAUACUUUGGAACCAGAUACAAUUGGAAGAUUUUUAAUUGCAAUGGCUGUCACAGGACUUGUUUUCUUUCUCUUGAUUUUCCUUCUGGAGACCACCUCAUGGAGAGUGAGAACCUUUGUGUUUCGCUACAUUUUCCUUGGCAUUUACAAGAAAUUUAAUAAGGCAAGUAUGUCCAAGGAAUUAUCUGGGGAAUCUGAAGAUGAAGAUGUACAAAAUGAAAGAGAUAGAAUCCUGGAGCACUUUCAGGAGUCACUGAAUUCUACAGUGCUCAUUAAAGAACUCACAAAGGUAUAUUUUACAAUGCCAGCCGUUUUAGCUGUGAGAAAUAUCUCUGUUGCAAUCCAAAAAGAGGAGUGCUUUGGGUUGCUUGGAUUAAAUGGAGCUGGGAAAACUACUACUUUCCAAAUUUUGACUGGAGAGGAGAUUGCUUCCUCUGGGGAUGUGUUCAUUGAGCACCUUAGCAUCACCAAAAAUAUCCUAAAGGUAAGAUCUAAAAUCGGGUACUGUCCACAGUUUGAUCCCUUGCUGGAUUACAUGACUGCUCGGGAAACAUUGAUCAUGUAUGCCAGACUGUGGGGGAUUCCUGAGACCAAGAUUAACCAUUAUGUAAAUAAGUCAAUGCAAUCACUGAAUCUGGAAUCCCAUGCUGACAAGAUUAUCUACACAUACAGUGGAGGAAACAAACGUAGGCUGAGCACUGCUAUUGCCCUAAUGGGAAAGCCCUCAGUCAUCUUCCUGGAUGAGCCAUCAACUGGUAUGGACCCAGUGGCCCGGCGCCUACUCUGGAAUGCAGUGACACAGACACGUGAAAGUGGCAAAGUCAUCAUCAUAACAUCUCACAGUAUGGAGGAAUGUGACGCUCUUUGUACUAAGCUGGCCAUCAUGGUAAAGGGAAAGUUUGUGUGCCUGGGCAGCCCCCAGCAUCUCAAGAACAAGUUUGGCAAUAUUUACAUCCUAAAAGCCAAGAUCAGUAUUGAUAGAGAUGAGAACAAAUUAGAAGAUUUUAAAAUUUUUAUUGAAACAGUUUUCCCAGGUAGUGAAUUAAAACGUGAGAAUCAAGGGAUCUUUAACUACUACAUUCCCAGCAAGGACAACAGCUGGGGACAGAUGUUUGGUAUUUUGGAGGAAGCUAAAGAGAAAUUUGAUUUAGAAGACUAUUCCAUCAGUCAGAUAACACUGGAACAAGUCUUCCUGGCUUUUGCUAGUCCAGAGAACACAGAAGUUCAAGGGUACAGGCUGCCUAGGCUGGCCAACAGGCUGGAUCUGCCAAGCAGGAAACUCUUCUCUGGGGCUGUUAGCAGGCUGGUGCUAAGAAGGGUCACCUCCGUGAAUCACUGGGAAUUCACACUUCACGGCGGGGCGGGCGGGGGCCGAGUGCCACGAAAUGUCCUCCACACCUGCUGCUGGCAGCAGCAAGGUAAGAGCAAGAAGAACCUAAGACAAAACACCCUUCACCACGAACAGAAGCCCCUUGUCCUGCAGUGUUCCUCCAGCGCCCUCUCCUGA